CCCGCAGGUCCUGGCCGCUACCAUGAGCGAUGGCGAGAGCCGAGAGCCGCGGGCGGCCGGCGGCGAGGUGCGGGUGCCCAUCCCCGUGGCGCCCCGCCGCCCCGCCGAGCUGCCGCCGGAGGAUGCCGGCUCCGGCCCCGGCGGUUCCCCCGGUUCCGGCGGUUCCCCCGGCCGCGACCCGCCGCCCGAGCUGGCCUCCGAGGAGGAGGAGCAGGUGCCGUACCCGGCGCUGGCACCCACCGCCUUCUUCUGCCUCAAGCAAACCACCCGCCCGCGCAGCUGGUGCCUCAGGCUGGUCUGUAACCCCUGGUUCGAGCACGUCAGCAUGCUGGUCAUCCUCCUGAACUGCGUCACCCUGGGCAUGUUCCAGCCCUGCGAGGACGUGGAGUGCCAGUCGGAGCGCUGCACCAUCCUGGAGGCAUUUGACGACUUCAUUUUCGCUUUCUUUGCGGUGGAGAUGGUCAUCAAGAUGGUGGCUCUGGGGAUCUUCGGGCAGAAGUGUUACCUCGGAGACACGUGGAAUCGCCUGGACUUCUUCAUCGUGAUGGCGGGCAUGAUGGAGUAUUCCCUGGACGGACACAACGUGAGCCUGUCGGCGAUCCGCACCGUCCGCGUGCUCCGGCCGCUCCGAGCCAUUAACAGGGUCCCAAGUAUGCGAAUACUGGUCACCCUGCUGUUAGAUACUCUGCCUAUGUUAGGCAACGUCCUCCUCUUGUGCUUCUUCGUCUUCUUCAUCUUUGGGAUCGUCGGUGUGCAGCUCUGGGCAGGGCUGCUGAGGAACAGGUGUUUCCUAGACAGGAAUUUGGCAACGACGUACAACCUCACCUUCCUGCAUCCGUACUACCGGACAGACGAAGCGGAGGAGAAUCCGUUCAUCUGCUCAUCCCACCGUGAAAACGGCAUGCAGAAAUGCUCCAACAUCCCAAACAGGAAGGAGUACAAGGUGGAGUGCACCUUGAGCAUGGACUCCUACACCCCAAGUUUAUACAACCCUGACUUCAGCAGCAGGAAUGCCUGCAUAAACUGGAACCAGUAUUACAACGUAUGCAUGGCAGGGGAUGUAAACCCACACAAUGGAGCUAUCAAUUUUGAUAAUAUUGGCUAUGCCUGGAUAGCUAUAUUUCAGGUUAUAACCCUGGAAGGAUGGGUUGACAUCAUGUAUUAUGUGAUGGAUGCACAUUCUUUUUACAAUUUUAUAUAUUUUAUAUUACUUAUAAUAGUUGGUUCCUUCUUCAUGAUUAACUUGUGCCUGGUUGUGAUAGCAACACAGUUUUCUGAAACAAAGCAGCGGGAGAACCAGCUGAUGCAGGAGCAGCGGGCCCGUUAUCUCUCCAAUGACAGCACAAUCGCCAGCUUCUCGGAGCCAGGUAGCUGCUACGAGGAGCUGCUCAAGUACAUCUGCCACAUCUUCAGGAAGGUGAAACGGCGGACAAUACGCCUGUACAAUAACUGGCAGAGCAAGCGCAGGAAAAAAGUGAACCCAAACAGCACCACAAAUGGGCAGAGCCGCCGAGGCAAAAAGCGCAUCACCUCCAUCCACCACCUCAUCCACCACCACCACCACCACCAUCACCACCACUACCACAUCAGCAAUGGGAGCCCUCGGGGGCCGCGCUCCAACCCUGAGAUUUGUGACUUGGAACUCAAGGUCAUGAAGCCUGGAGGCAAACUGAUGCUUCCUUCCUCAUCACCCAACUUGCAGAGCCCUGCACCUCCUCCUGAUUCAGAGUCUGUGCACAGCAUUUACCAUGCAGACUGUCACGUUGAAGGACCACAGGUGAACUGUAAGUCUUCCAAUGCCCCUGCGAGCAUUAAACUGACUGCCGGACUCUCCAACCAUGGCAGCAACUAUCCUACCAUCCUGCCUUCUCCAACGAGCAAAGGCAGUUCUGUGCCAGUUCCCAAAGGAAAGAACGGCAACUCACCUGUGGCGGUGGUUAACAGCCCUGUAAAUUUGGGCACAGAUUCUUAUGGGAAGCUGCAGCAACUGGUAGGAGAGCAUGGUCUGCGGCGGACGUCCAGCCGGCUGUCGGGGCUGAGCGCAGCCUGCCCGCCGGGGGGGACGCUGACCUGCGAGCUGCAGGACUGCCCCUUCUGCGCCAGCCUCCUGGAGGACCCCGAGUUCGCCUUCAGCGAGUCCGACAGCUGCGACUCCGACAGCAACGGCGUCUACGAGUUCACCCAGGACCUGCGGCACGGCGACCACAGGGACCAGCUCCAGCAGCAGCGCAGCAGGAGGAGGAGGAGGAAGAAGAAGCCCAAGGAGAGGAACAAGGUCACCCGCCUGUGGAAGGCGUUCGGCAGCAAGCUGAAGAGGAUCGUGGAAAGCAAGUACUUCAACCGGGGGAUUAUGAUCGCUAUUCUCAUCAACACGCUGAGCAUGGGCAUCGAGUACCACGAGCAGCCGGACGAAUUGACCAACGCCUUGGAGAUCAGUAACAUCGUCUUCACAAGCAUGUUUGCCCUGGAGAUGCUCCUGAAACUCCUUGCCUUUGGCCUCUUCGGCUACAUCAAGAACCCGUACAACAUCUUUGAUGGGAUCAUAGUUGUCAUCAGCGUCUGGGAGAUCAUCGGCCAGUCAGACGGAGGCCUUUCCGUGCUGCGAACUUUUCGGCUGCUCCGGGUGCUGAAACUGGUGCGUUUCAUGCCCGCCCUCCGCCGCCAGCUGGUGGUCCUGAUGAAGACCAUGGACAACGUAGCCACCUUCUGCAUGUUGCUCAUGCUCUUCAUCUUUAUCUUCAGCAUUCUCGGCAUGCAUCUUUUUGGGUGCAAGUUCAGCCUGAAAACUGAUACAGGAGACACAGUUCCAGAUAGAAAGAAUUUUGAUUCCUUGCUUUGGGCCAUUGUCACAGUGUUUCAGAUCCUCACUCAAGAGGACUGGAACGUGGUCCUGUACAAUGGGAUGGCAUCUACAUCUUCAUGGGCAGCGCUCUACUUUGUGGCCCUGAUGACCUUUGGCAAUUAUGUGCUCUUCAACCUUCUGGUUGCCAUUCUGGUAGAAGGCUUCCAGGCAGAGGGGGAUGCCAAUAGGUCAGACACAGAUGAGGACAAGACAUCUGCCAACUUUGAUGAUGAUUUUGAGAAGCUGAAAGACCUCCGAGCAACAGAGAUGAAGAUGUACUCACUUGCUGUCACCCCAAACGGGCACCUGGAGGGCAGGGGAAGCAUGCCACCUCCUAUCAUCAUGCGCACUGCUGCCACACCAAUGCCUACGCCAAAGUGUUCCCCACACAUGGAUUCAGUGCACACUUUUGUGGACUCAAGGAGAGGGAGUAAUGCUUCAAUAGAUCCCAUGAGCUACGAUCAGAAGUCCUUGUCCAGCCUCCGCAGUUCCCCUUGUGCCAACUGGGGCACCAGCAGCAACUGGGGAAGUCGACGCUCAAGCUGGAACAGCCUGGGCAGAGCCCCGAGCCUCAAGAAGAAGAACCAGUCGGGAGAAAGAGAGUCCCUGCUCUCCGGGGAGGGCAAAGGCAGCACAGACGACGACUCUGACGAUGCCAAAUCCAGCACGGUCAGCAGGCCCUCCCUGCACCGCCGGGCAGAGUCCUUGGAUUACCGCAGCUCCUUGGACCUGCCCGAGCUGCUGCAGUUGCCCACCAUGCGCCACUCGCUCAGCAUCAGCCCCAUGGCCGUUCUGCCUGCUGAGUACCAGGACUGCAACGGCAAGAUGGUGCACGUCCCCAGCGAGUUCUUCCUGCGCAUCGAUGGCCAUAAGGAGGAGGCCAUGGACUAUGAGGAUGACAUGGAGGAUAGUUACUGCUACCGGAUUCGUAAAGUCCUCGAGCCCUACAAACCAGAGUGGUGCAAGAGUCAUGAAGAUUGGUCCCUCUACUUGUUUUCCCCACAGAAUCGGUUCCGAGUGAUGUGCCAGAAGGUCAUUGCCCACAAAAUGUUUGAUCACGUGGUGCUGGUCUUCAUAUUUCUCAACUGCAUCACUAUAGCGCUGGAGCGACCAGACAUAGACCCACACAGCACGGAAAGGAUAUUCCUGAGUGUUUCUAAUUAUAUCUUCACUGCAAUCUUCGUGGCUGAAAUGAUGGUUAAGGUAGUAGCUCUUGGCUUUUUCUCUGGGGAGAACACCUAUCUACAGAGCAGCUGGAACGUUCUGGAUGGAGUCCUGGUCUUCGUAUCUAUCAUUGACAUUAUUGUCUCCAUGGCAUCAGCAGGCGGAGCUAAGAUCCUGGGUGUCCUUCGUGUUUUGAGACUUCUGCGGACCUUGAGACCUCUCCGAGUCAUCAGUAGAGCCCCAGGUCUGAAGCUGGUGGUAGAAACCUUGAUCUCUUCCUUGAGGCCUAUUGGGAAUAUCGUUCUCAUCUGCUGUGCUUUCUUCAUUAUCUUUGGGAUUUUAGGGGUACAGCUUUUUAAAGGCAAAUUCUACUACUGUGAUGGUCCUGAUGUGAAAAACAUCACUACGAAGACUGACUGUACUAACGCACGCUACAAAUGGGUUCGACGGAAGUACAAUUUUGACAAUUUGGGACAGGCCCUCAUGUCCUUGUUUGUCCUCUCCUCCAAAGAUGGAUGGGUGAACAUCAUGUAUGAUGGUCUGGAUGCUGUGGGUAUUGACCAACAGCCCAUCCAGAACCAUAACCCUUGGAUGCUUCUCUACUUCAUCUCCUUCCUGCUCAUUGUCAGCUUCUUCGUGCUCAACAUGUUUGUGGGGGUGGUGGUGGAGAACUUCCACAAGUGCCGACAGCACCAGGAGGCAGAGGAGGCCCGGCGUCGGGAGGAGAAGCGUCUGAGACGCUUGGAGAAAAAGCGCAGGAGUAAGGAGAUAUACCUGUCUGAAGCCCAGCGCAGGCCUUACUACGCGGACUAUUCCCCGGCACGGAAGUACAUUCACAGCCUCUGCACCAGCCACUACCUCGACCUCUUCAUCACCUUCAUUAUUGGCGUCAACGUCAUCACCAUGUCAAUGGAGCACUACAACCAGCCAAAGUCCCUGGAUGAAGCCCUGAAGUACUGCAACUACGUGUUCACCAUUGUUUUUGUGUUUGAGGCAGUUCUGAAGUUGGUGGCAUUUGGUUUUCGAAGGUUCUUUAAGGACAGGUGGAAUCAACUGGAUUUGGCCAUAGUUCUCUUAUCAAUUGUGGGAAUCACACUGGAGGAAAUUGAGAUGAAUGCUGCACUGCCUAUCAAUCCCACAAUAAUACGCAUCAUGCGGGUGCUGAGAAUAGCAAGAGUGCUGAAACUGCUUAAAAUGGCCACCGGAAUGCGAGCUCUUCUGGACACAGUGGUACAAGCACUUCCCCAGGUAGGGAACCUUGGCCUACUUUUUAUGCUCCUGUUUUUUAUCUAUGCUGCCCUGGGAGUGGAAUUGUUUGGCAAGCUAGACUGCAGUGAAGAAAAUCCAUGCGAAGGUCUGAGCCGGCACGCAACUUUCACCAACUUUGGCAUGGCCUUCCUCACCCUCUUCAGGGUGUCAACGGGGGACAACUGGAAUGGCAUCAUGAAGGAUACCCUCCGGGAGUGCACUCGGGAAGACAAGCACUGCCUCAGUUACCUGCCCGUCAUCUCUCCUGUCUACUUCGUCACCUUUGUCCUCAUCGCACAGUUCGUCCUGGUCAACGUGGUGGUGGCAGUGCUGAUGAAGCACCUGGAGGAGAGCAACAAGGAGGCCAAGGAGGAUGCUGAGAUGGAUGCUGAGAUCGAGCUGGAGAUGUCCAGAGGAGCAACCACCUCAGCCACCAGCGGGAGCAGGGGAGGUGCGGUGGCCCCGGACAGCAGGGCGCCCUACAGAAGUCAGGAGGCCGUGAAGUCGGAGUCAGCAGUGCAGACAAAGCACCAAGCCCUGGAGGCGCUGAGCUGUGAGAAUGUCUCUUUAGCCAUCCCAGACACGCUGGAGGGGGCAGAGACUCCCGAGAUGGAAAUCCCGUCCUCCUGCUCUGUUUCCCACCAUGUCCUGACUCCUUCCCACCACCCCCCAGGCCACGAGGCUGAGGUUGGCGCGGCCAGUCUGCGGCCACAGGACUCUCAAAACCUCCUGACGGUCCGCAAGAUCUCCGUGUCCCGCAUGCACUCCUUGCCCAACGACAGCUACAUGUUCCGGCCCGUCAUGCCAGCCAAAGCCCCCUUCCCCCUCCACGAGGUGGAGAUGGAGACGUAUCCCUGCAAAUCCCAGCGAGGGUCCAUCACCUCCAUCCGUUCCCAGCCCGUGGGAGCGUGUUCCUCCUCUCUGAGAGUCCCACCGGAGUCCCUCCAGCUGGCCGCGCGUUCUCCCAACCACGACGGCCGGCACCGCUGGAAGAUCCUUCCCCCCCACGUCGUUCCUCGAUCUCCUACCCUCAACAAGCUGCUAUGCAGGCAGGAGGCCGUUCGGACGGACUCCGUGGACGGGCAGACGCCGGAUCCCAAGGACAGCCUGCAAGCGGAGUCGGGAGAGACGCUACCGUCGGCGAAGCAGCCCCAGAGCACCUUCACCCCCAGCCCUCUCCACCCCACGGCCUCCUCCCUGCCGGCCACCCCUCCACGUUCCCCUCCAUCCUCCCCACACCGGCACCCCGGCACGCUGGCGCGGAAGCAUGGCUGCGGCCAGCGCGGGAUCCCCAGCCGGCCGGCCAGCCCCGGCAGCGGCCCCCCCAGCCCCGAGGGCUGCCUCGUGGAGCCCUCCGACCUGGCCGACGAGGAGGUUCGCCACAUCAACAGCUCAGCCAAAGACUGGGGGGAGCACUCAGAGGCUGGGAGCCGCUCGACUUCGCCGUUCAUCUCCCCGGCCCCGUCGCCGGUGCCCCCCAAGAAUUGCAGCACAAGCAGCCUCUCCGGGGGAGGCGGCAAGGAGAAGGACUUGAAGAAGUUUUACAGCAUCGAUACUAAGGGCUUCCUCAACAAGCCCAGCUGGGCAGACGACCAAAGGCGGCACUCCAUCGAGAUCUGCCCUUCCAUCAGCGAUGGAGACUGUAGCUUUGAGGACCCUGCCGAGGAGAAGCAGCGGUCCCCUGCCCACAUCCAGCCGGAGUCCGAGUACAUCCACGGAGCCCGGAGGAAGAAGAAGAUGAGCCCGCCCUGCAUUUCUAUAGAUCCUCCCAUGGAGGACGACGGCGGGGCGGCCUCGCGCACCAAACCCUCCGAGAACAGCAUGCUGCGCCGAAGGACCCCAUCCUGCGAGUUCCCGGCUUACAGAGAGUCCCUGGAGCUCGCGGAGAGCCAGCCCGGGGGGGAACCGGCCUCCAAAGCGGAGCGCCGGGGCCAGCCCCCGUGCCGCGGGGAGCACCUGGCCAUCCCCAACUUCUCCUUCGAGCAGUCGGACGGCAGCUCCUUGAGCAGCCUCUCGGAUCUCCUGGACAGCGGGCAGUCCACGCCGGAUUCCCGGCCGGACCCCGCAGCCCCCGAACUGAAAAAGGCGGAUCACUUAAAAACUCAGUGGAGCAGCGCUGAGAAAAGCAAAGAGCUCCUCGGCACCGCCAAGAGCCCCCUCCGGAAGCAGGACUUGGUGCCCGUGACUGUCGCAACAGAAGAAGACAUCGAUGAGCCAGUAUAGCUUUCUGGGAGGGGGGAUCUGGGGGGGGGUCUCAAGGGCUUGACACCAAUGUGGGUUUUGAAACCGAAGGGACUGAGCGGCGGCGGGUGCGCGGCCGCUCUCUCGGUUUUUUUUUCCUUUCUCGCAGUCACUUGUUCUUAAGCGCUGUGGAGGUUUGCAAAAAAAAAACAAAACAAAACAAAAAAAAAGUUUAAAAAAAAUUAAAAAGAAACCAAACAAACGGCUGGACGAAACGGUGACGGGUGUUUCGGGGCGGGGGGAGCGGCUUUGCGAGCGGUUUGGGGGUUUCUUUUCUAACGGGGAGGUGGAGCUGGCCGGGGGGUGGCUUCGGUCCUCCCGCCGCCCUCCACGGCCUCGAUCACAUUGAUUCGGGUGCGAGGUGGUGGCGGUUGGGGCUUGGGGGAUUCUCUUUGGGUUUUGUUGUUUGUUUGUUUUUUUUUAAAAAAAAAAAAAAAAGACGCUCGACUUUUAAAAAGGCACCUUUUAGAGAUGUCACGUUACGUGGGAGUGCCCAGCAGAUGGGAGCUGUACAUUGUCUGUAUAUCAGCAGUUAUAUAAAUAGAAAUAAUGUAUUUGUGAGAUACAAAACAAGGAAAAAAGACAAAAAAAAUAUAUACCCACGAAGACUCUCUCUUCAUAAUGCACAUAUUUUUAUAGAGAAACGAUACUGUUUUUUGCAUUACAUGUGACUCUGCAACCGGGUGGUGUUUCCUUGGGUUUUAUGUGGAUCUAAUUAUUACAGCCAUGCGUUUUCCAAAUGUUUCUCCUCUUUCUUUGCUCUCCUUUUUUCCCCCCUCCCUCUCUUUCUCCACCAUCAUCCUAGCAGCUUCUUUUCCCAGCUGAUGCUUUAGCCGUCUCUCAUUUCUCUUUUGUACUUUAGAGGUUGUCCUAACCACAGAAAAAAAACCAAAUCACUACUGAAUUGUAGCCAGUGCAAUAAUAAGUUAUUCAUUCUUCUUGUCUGUACAAUUGUCCUUUUGCUUUUUUUUUUUUUUCCUUUUUUAACGGAUAUUCAGGUUAAAUGUCGCAAUAAUCUGAACGCGUGCACAAACAAAGUUUCUUGCGUUACAAAAAAAAAAAAAAAGACUAAAAAAAAAAGGAAAAAGUUAAAUUUACAGAGAGAUAGACAAAAAAAAAAUAAAUAGUAAGUUAUUUAAGAAAUGUAUUUUGUUUACUGCAGUUCAAAGUAAAUUAUUGAUACAGUCUGUAAAGGUAUAAAGAGCUGUCUUAGGUGAUGUUCUUUGUGAGCAUUUAAGCUAAUGAUUUGUUCUCGUAGCAGAAUGCCUUCGAGAACUCGGUGGUAGCCGUAACCGUCCCAUUUGCACUCUUUCUGUUCGUCUUCCUCUGCACACCCGCACCCACGUGGACGCGCUGCCCUCCGAAGGCCCCUCUGCCAGAAGCCUCUCAAGGAAUUCGAGGCACCUGUCAACACCACAUUAUUUUUUAUUUUUAUUUUUUCAGUUUUGGGGUUGAUUUUUCGUUUUUAGCCUCCGUUCCCUGCCCCUUCCCCGCUCUUCAUCCAGGCCCUCCCCGCGGGACAGCUUCACCACGGAAAGCCGACGUCAACCCGAGCGCCGGGCAACAGCAGCAAAAAGACAUGCAGGAAAAAAAAAAUUAAAAAACAACCGUUUUUGUUUGGUUCGUUCCAUGCCGCCUCAUAUUUAUGCAUUCACAUAUAUCUUCUGUUAUUUAUGCAUUCAUUACUCAAAAGGAAAUGUAUCUUGUUUCACAUGUAUUAAACUGUAUAAACUGGAA